CACCUUUUUGCCUCUGUAAUUCUGGGCCGCCCCGAAGGGGUUCCCCUCCUGUGUUGGCCUGCGAGCCCUGGCAGCAAUCCCGCAUUUCAUUGCAAAUAAUACCAAACUUUGUUUUUCUUUUCAUAACAACACGUCUCGUCUCGCAUCGUAGCUGCUUUUUGGUGUCGGUGUCGGUACAGUCAGCCUCAAGCCAGCAGCCCGGCUCUCGCAAAUCUGUCAACAGAGCCAGGAAAUAAUUGCAGCAAAACAAACAACUUUCCCCUUAGCAGCGUCAGAUUGGUCCCCUCCCAUAUGAUGCGAUAAUCCGAGGAAGUAUGUUGCCAUUGACCCAAAAUGCCCUCGCCGCCAAAAGCACGGCCGAUCAAAUCGGCUAAAGAGAGCCUACCAUUCAAGCCCACGAAUGCGAAAAAGCGACAAACAAGUGCCAGAAUCUCGGCCGCCUGCGAGGCAUGCAAGAAGCGAAAGACGAAAUGCACUGGCGGACCACCCCCUUGUCAGCUUUGCGAAAGCCUAGGCACGGAAUGUGUCAUUGACCUUUCGCUCGAUAUGCGGCGUCGCGCGGCGCUCCAGCGCACGAUCGACGAGUCGAGGUCGUACCAGGAGACUCUCAAUCGAUUGAUGGAUAGCAUAAGAGAAGGUCCCUCGCCUCGGCUGAAUUCGCUGUAUGAUAUAAUAAAAAGUAGCGGCAGCAAUCAGGACACUGCAGCAGCCAUUCAACACUACCUGAGAGAUAGUGAUGAACAAAGUUCCGACCAUACAAUGAUCUCGAAUGGAGAUAUUGUCGAGUCGCCGCCCCCAGAUGAAGCAGGAGAGGGAAUGAAUCUUGAUGGCGAUACGGGCGGCGCCAGCGCACCAUCGCUCAAACGCGAGGACGCCGACAAUCAGAAAAUGGAACCUCCAUCCAGCGUCGGAUCUGUGCCAUUGCAGCUUGCGAAACGGAAGCAUAGAUCGGAAACUACAAACUUCGAGUCGUUACUCGCGGCGCUUAAGAGUUGUUCCAUAUCCGAGGGAGAAGAGAUGCUGCGGCGCUUUGUUGCCUCCGAGAUAGCGGAGAAGGGCUCAUCGUCACCAUGGUCGACCGCAUCCGGAAGAAGCCUCCUCGAGACAGCUUCACCCAGAAUAGUCCAAGUCGGGAUGGUCGAACGUUCCAAGUGGCAUCCAGCCCUGCAAUUACGAUCACCAACCGCUUUUGAUGAAGAAAAGUCACAGGAAACAGGACAAUCCGACCACAGCGACCAGCGCCGGUUUUCGGAGGCUGGCGCUUCGAUGGUCAGGCUGGAGCAAUCCAAGCAGCGUUCGCGGCCCGGAUCACGACGCCCGUCUUUCCGCCAGUCUCAGCCUCAACAGAUCAACACCGACAUUCCAAUGUUUUCGAUGCAGCAGCAAAUUUCACCGAUGUCGCCUUACCUCGAGCCCGCCUUGACGCCAGAAUCUUCAAACUCGGCGCCGAACGGCUGGGACCUGACCGUGGCGCAAGAAAAUCGGUCGACAAGGCUUCGAAUACCCAGACACCUUGUCCUACCUUUGGUCAUCCCCGACGAUUCAUACAUGAGUCGGACUUACACUCACUACCUGCAAGGUGCUCGACAGAUGCUAGAAUCCGGAGUUCCACGGUCGAACGUUCUUGGCGUGGGUGACGAGGUGCCCGUGGAUUUGUUUUUCCGAAGUCGUACAGACAGGGACCACUUUGACUGUUCAUCCUGGGCGUGCGAGGUGUUUCGGAGUUAUGAAACCGAAGUGUUUGCUCGACUGGGCACCGCGUAUAUGUUGACGUUCAUGAUGCGGUGGCUUUUGGUUCCAACAGUCGAGAACUACCAGAAGGUCCCGGAUAUGAUGAAGCCGACACCGUCUCAGUGCAUGAUCCCACACAUCGGAGCCAUCGAGACCAUACCAAUCCCUCCAGUCCGAGAUGCCAACAUUUACCAUCUGAGAGACUGGCUCACACCGCUAAUCAAUUGUAAUUGGAGCGUGAACUGGCAACAUGGCAUGGAUGCUGCCGUCGAACGAAGUCAAACCACCGGAGCGACGGUUUUGACAUCGAGAUUCAUACAUCAUGUGACUGAUUAUGACAAUUGGAGUGUCGGCAGCACCUUCUUGGAGACUUUUCCUGAAGUCAUAGGCAAGAUCAGGAUACACGACUGAUGAAACGACGUGAUGACAAACGGCCUGGUGAGGAGGCAAUUUUUUCGAAUUCUUUGAAACCAAAGACACACCCACACAAACACACACACAGAGAGAGAGAGGAGGAGAACAAUGACCAAGACCCGUGGAUGAAACGGUGCAGCCAUGCCCACACAACGCUGAACGGUUCAAAAUCCAGCCGCAUGAGCUGCUCUGAAGUUGAGAUCCUUCAGGGAUUCUUUUCCUCUUGCUGCAGCAUUAUCGAUGCAGCUUCGACUACCAGGUAAUCACAGAAUGACUCGGACUUCUUUUUCGAUAAGUCGAGCUGGCUCUCAAGAGGCUUCUUCUUGAAGCACACAUUAUGCUGCAAGAAAACGAAACAUGCAGCGGGGUGGGAAGAAAUGACGACGAUGACGCGUCCAUGUGAUCCAGGAGUGAAUGAACGAAACCGACAAGAAGUACGGCAGUAUCUUACCUUUGUUUGGUACGAGUUGGUAAUUUAUCUGCUGGUUUCAAGCAAAGAACACCGAACGGCACACGCCAAGGGAAUACGUAGUAAGAGGAGGAGAUGAGAGAAGAGAAGGUCACGUGGUCAAGAAUUUUGGUCCGUGGAAGCUCGACACCCGGUUGGUCACGGGGACUACGUACUAUCUGUGCUAGCCUCUUGGCAUCUACUCGGCUAACCUUCCCCUUCUCUACGGAAUGUUUUUGGUGGCAAACAAGCGCUGAGCCUUCUACUCUGUCCGGAGCUAGAGUCAAGGCAUGGAGGCGAAAGAAAUCCAGAGAAGGAGGCGGGAGGCGGGAAGCCCGAGGUGAGAGGCGGGACAAGAAAUAACGCGCACUCUCACUGUGUAGCUUGGCUGCCUUAUGCGUCUGUGGCCGCGUUUGCCUGCAGCGAUGACUCGCCACCAUCCUGCCUGGCCAACCAAUACUGGGGGGAAAGGUCUGCAACAACUGUGUGUGGUACACCUCAAACCCAGGUGUCCACACCCUGCUGCUGCCUGUCUCAGAGUGGCCAUCAUUGCUCGUUAAAUCCCAUCCUUCUACUACUAUGCUAAAGGCAUUUGGAGAUGAUCCAUUAAUACUAUAACAUCAUGAGUAGCGACACAAUACCAAUAGUACACGAAAGGGG